UAUUCCUAGUGGGCGGAGGCUUGUGAGCCGCUUGUUGUGGAGCCGUGCGCCCGGUGGGUGGAGGUUGUGAGUCGUGAGCCGCUUGUGCCCUGAACCCAGUCGGUGGCUCGCGGCAGAGGGAGCCGCUGCCGCGUGUGGAGGCAGGACCACCAGAGUUGCUUGAUUCGGACUCCGCUGUCCAGCUCGUCCGCGCCACUGCGAACAAGAAGUUGUUGAGAACUCCCAACCUGUAACUCGCACGCUGCGCAGUUCCAAGAUCCCUUAGCCACGAUGGUGAAAGAGACGAAGUACUACGACACCCUGGGCGUGAAGCCCUCUGCCUCCACCGAGGAGCUCAAAAAGGCCUACCGCAAGCUCGCCCUCAAGUAUCACCCGGACAAGAACCCCAACGAGGGCGAGAAGUUCAAGCAAAUCUCCCAGGCGUACGAGGUGCUGUCGGACCCCAAGAAGAGGGAGCUGUACGACCAGGGCGGCGAGCAGGCCAUCAAGGAGGGCGGCAUGAGCGGCGGCAGCGGCUUCAGCUCCCCCAUGGACAUCUUUGACAUGUUCUUUGGCGGGGGAGGCCGCGCGCAGCGUGAGCGCAAAGGGAAGAACGUGGUGCAUCAGCUCACCGUCUCGCUGGAGGAAAUGUACAACGGCGCCACGAGGAAGCUGGCGCUACAGAAGAAUGUCGUCUGCAACAAAUGUGACGGCCGCGGCGGCAAGGAAGGCGCGGUGAAGCCGUGCGGCGUGUGCCGCGGCACGGGCAUGCAGGUGCGCAUCCAGCAGCUGGGGCCAGGCAUGGUGCAGCAGAUCCAGUCGGUGUGCCACGAGUGCCAGGGCAGUGGCGAGCAGAUCGACCCCCGCGACCGCUGCAGGCAGUGCCAGGGCCGCAAGGUGGUGCGCGAGAAGAAGAUCCUGGAGGUGCACAUCGACAAGGGCAUGAAGGACGGACAGAAGAUCCAGUUUGCCGGCGAGGGCGACCAGGAGCCUGGGCUGGAGCCCGGGGACGUCAUCACCGUGCUUGAGCAGAAGGAGCACCCUGUGUUCCACCGGCAAGGGCAGGAUCUCAUCAUGGAGAUGGAAAUCGAGCUGGUGGAGGCACUGUGCGGCUUCCAGAGACUGAUCUCGACGCUGGACGACCGGGUGAUCGUCAUCACGUCCCACCCCGGUGAAGUCAUAAAACACGGAGAGGUGAAGUGCAUCUUGAACGAGGGCAUGCCUAUCUUCCGCAACCCAUUCGAGAAGGGCCGUCUGAUCAUCCAGUUCAAAGUCGUAUUCCCCCCGUCGGGCUUCCUGCCCAUCCACGGCCUGGCCCAGCUGGAGGCGCUGCUGCCUCCGCGGCAGGAGGCGCUCAUCACGGACGACAUGGAGGAGGCGAUGCUCGUCGACAUCGAUCCCGUGUCCGAGGAGCGGCGCCACAAGAACGAAGCCUACCAGGAGGACGAGGACGGCCAUGGCCCGCGGCGCUCGGGCGUGCAGUGCCAGUCCUCGUAGUGGCAGCACCGCCGCGGCCACCGCACCGCCGCAGCCCCAACGCGGCGCCGCAGCCCCAACGCGGCACUAACGCGGCACUAACGCGGCACUAACGCGGCACUAACGCGGCACUAACGCGGCACUAACGCGGCACUAACGCGGCACUAACGCAGCCCCAACGCAGCACUAACGCAGCCCCAACGCAGCACUAACGUGGCCCCAAUGCAGCACUAACGCAGCACUAACGCAGCCCCAACGCAGCACUAACGCAGCCCCAACGCAGCCCCAACGCAGCACCAACGCAGCACCAACGCAGCACCUAACGCAGCACUAACGCAGCCCCAACGCAGCACUAACGCAGCCCCAACGCAGCACUAACGCAGCCCCAACGCAGCACUAACGCAGCCCCACCGAGGCGCCGCGGCCCCAACGUGGCCCCAACGCAGCACUAACGCAGCCCCAACGCAGCACCAACGCAGCACCAACGCAGCCCCAACGCAGCCCCAACGCAGCACUAACGCAGCACUAACGCAGCACUAACGCAGCACUAACGCAGCACUAACGCAGCACUAACGCAGCACUAACGCAGCACUAACGUGGCCGAGGAUCAGGGGCCGUGCGAUUCGGUGACCAAAGGGAGAUUUUUACGGGGCACAUGUACCGAGUCACUCCUCUCUCACUUCUGCAAGUUUUAUUUCUUUACUUAUCACCCUUAACAAACAUUUACAUAUAUUUAAGAAUGCACAAUUGAAAAACUAUAUAACAAAUAUACAAUGCCGAAUAUAAAAUUAAAAUAACAUGUUCAAAAAUUUACAUGAAUGAUUCUCGAACUGUCGGGGCUGCCAGUCCAAUAUCGAACCAGGCUAUUUAAAACACCGGUGGUGGGAUGGAAAUCACGGUGACUUCAUUGUUGGGUGGUGAAUAGUCCAGCAUCUCGUCGUCAGCACUGGUACGUUUUCCCAUGCAUCCCUUGGCUCGAUCUGUGACGCCGACUGCAUUUGUGCAGAGAGGUGGUUUGUUGAUUGCUUUGUGUUCAGGGAACUUGCAGUUUCCUUGAUGCUGCAUGCACUCAACUGAUUAGUGCUCAGCCAUUGGACGAGGGCCAGUGGACCAUCUUACCAUGAUUGGCCCGGGGGUGGG